CUGCCUGGAGGCAGAGCACGCGUCCGGCGGCCAGCAGCGUUCUGCCCUGGCCUGGGUCUCCACUCCAGCAACAUCUCCUCGUCCUCUCUGGGCCUGGGUUGGAACACAGACAGUCAACGCUGGGCUUUCCAAAACAGCAGGAGUCACGGCAGGAGGCAGGAUGCUCUGGAGGCUGGUCCUGCUGGCUGUGUGCAUGUGGCCCAGUGCUCAUGCUGGUGACCAGGAUGAAGACACUUCCUUCGAUCUAUUCAGUAUCAGCAACAUUAACAGGAAGACCAUUGGUGCCAAACAGUUCCGGGGGCCCGACCCCGGGGUGCCCGCUUACCGGUUUGUCCGCUUGACUACUCCCCCGGUGAACACAAAUGACCUCAACAGGAUCAUCAAGGUCAUGCAGCACAAGGAUGGCUUCUUCUUCAUGGUGCAGUUGAAGCAGGACCGCAAGUCACGGGGCACACUACUGGCACUGGAAGGCCCUGGCCCCUCCCAGCGGCAAUUUGAGAUUGUCUCCAACGGCCCCAGGGACACCCUGGACCUCACCUACUGGGUGGAGGGCACCCAGCAUGCCAUCUCCCUGGAGGAUGUGGGCCUGGCUGACUCCCAGUGGAAGAACGUCACUGUGCAGGUGGCCGGUGAGACCUACAGCCUGUAUGUGGGCUGCGACCUCAUUGACAGCUUCACCCUGGAUGAGCCCUUCUAUGAGCAGCUGACAGCCGACAGGAGCAGGAUGUACGUGGCCAAAGGUGCUACCAGAGAGAGUCACUUCAGGGGCUUGCUGCAGAAUGUCCACUUGGUGUUUGAAAACUCGGUGGAAGAUGUCCUAAGCAAGAAAGGCUGUCAGCAGGGCCAGGGAGCUGAGCUCAAUGCCAUCAAUGAGCACACAGAGACGCUCCACCUCAGCCCUCACAUCACCACGGACUUCCUGGGCCAUGGCGUGGAGAAGAGGCCGGAGGUGUGCACACACUCUUGCGAGGAGCUGAGCAACAUGUUCAGAGAGCUGUCUGGACUGCACGUGAGGGUGAACCAGCUGAGCAAGACCCUGGAGAGAGUGUUGGACAACAACCAGCUCCUCUUGGAGCUCAUCGGUGGCCCUCCAAAGACAAGGAAUGUGUCAGCCUGUUUGCAGGAUGGCCGGUUCUUUGCAGAAAAUGAAACCUGGGUUGUGGACAGCUGUACCACAUGUACCUGCAAGAAAUUUAAGAUCGUUUGCCAGCAAAUCUCUUGCUCACCAGCAACUUGUGCCAAUCCAUCCUUCAUUGAAGGCGAAUGCUGUCCUUCCUGUUCCCAUGCGGAAGACAGUGAGGAGGGCUGGUCUCCAUGGGCAGAGUGGACCCAGUGCUCUGUCACGUGUGGCUCUGGGACCCAACAGAGAGGCCGGUCCUGUGAUGUCACCAGCAACACCUGCCUGGGCCCCUCCAUCCAGACGCGGGCAUGCAGCCUGGGCAAGUGCGACACACGCAUACGGCAGAAUGGUGGCUGGAGCCACUGGUCACCCUGGUCGUCCUGCUCUGUGACUUGUGGAGUCGGGAACAUCACUCAUAUUCGUCUCUGCAAUUCUCCGGUGCCCCAGAUGGGCGGCAAGAGCUGCAAGGGCAGUGGCCGGGAGACCAAGUCCUGCCAGGGUGCUCCGUGCCCAAUUGAUGGCCGCUGGAGUCCCUGGUCCCCAUGGUCAGCUUGCACGGUCACCUGUGCCGGAGGGAUCCGUGAGAGGACGCGGGUGUGCAACAGCCCUGAGCCCCAGUAUGGAGGGAAGGACUGUGUGGGGGACGUGAAGGAACACCAGAUGUGCAACAAGAGGAGCUGCCCGAUAGAUGGAUGCCUGUCCAACCCCUGCUUUCCUGGAGCCAAGUGCAACAGCUUCCCAGAUGGGUCCUGGUCCUGCGGCUCAUGCCCAGUGGGCUUCCUGGGCAACGGCACCCAUUGUGAGGACCUGGACGAGUGCGCUGUGGUCACAGACAUCUGCUUCUCAACCAACAAAGUUUCCCGUUGUGUCAACACUCAUCCUGGCUUCCAUUGCCUGCCCUGUCCGCCGCGCUACAAGGGGAGCCAGCCUUUUGGGGUUGGCCUGGAGGUGGCCAGGACGGAAAAGCAGGUAUGUGAGCCCGAAAACCCAUGCAAGGACAAGACUCACAACUGCCACAAGCAUGCAGAGUGCAUCUACCUGGGCCACUUCAGCGACCCCAUGUACAAGUGCGAGUGCCAGACAGGCUACGCGGGAGACGGGCUCAUCUGCGGGGAGGACUCAGACCUAGACGGCUGGCCCAACAGCAACCUGGUGUGUGCCACCAAUGCCACCUACCACUGCAUCAAGGACAACUGCCCCCAGCUGCCCAAUUCUGGGCAGGAAGAUUUUGAUAAGGAUGGAAUUGGAGAUGCCUGUGAUGAAGACGAUGACAAUGAUGGUGUGAGCGAUGAGAAGGACAACUGCCAGCUUCUCUUCAACCCCCGUCAGUCUGACUAUGACAAAGAUGAGGUUGGGGACCGCUGUGACAACUGUCCCUAUGUACACAACCCCGCCCAGAUCGACACAGACAACAAUGGAGAGGGAGAUGCCUGCUCCGUGGACAUUGAUGGGGACGAUGUUUUCAAUGAACGAGACAAUUGUCCCUAUGUCUACAACACUGACCAGAGAGACACAGAUGGUGAUGGUGUGGGUGACCACUGUGACAACUGCCCUCUCAUGCACAACCCUGACCAGACGGAUGUGGACAAUGACCUCGUUGGAGACCAGUGUGACAACAAUGAAGACAUAGAUGACGAUGGCCACCAGAACAACCAGGACAACUGUCCAUAUAUCUCCAAUGCUAAUCAGGCUGACCACGACAAUGAUGGCAAGGGAGAUGCCUGUGACUCUGAUGAUGACAAUGAUGGAGUUCCCGAUGACAGGGACAACUGCCGGCUUGUGUUCAACCCAGACCAGGAGGACUCAGAUGGUGAUGGGCGGGGUGAUAUCUGUAAAGACGACUUUGACAACGACAGUGUCCCAGACAUUGAUGAUGUGUGUCCUGAGAACAAUGCCAUUAGUGAGACUGACUUCAGGAACUUCCAGAUGGUACCCUUGGACCCCAAGGGUACCACACAGAUUGACCCCAACUGGGUCAUUCGUCACCAAGGCAAGGAGCUGGUCCAGACAGCAAACUCAGACCCUGGCAUCGCUGUAGGUUUCGAUGAAUUUGGGUCUGUGGACUUCAGUGGCACGUUCUAUGUCAACACUGACCGGGAUGAUGACUAUGCUGGCUUUGUCUUUGGCUACCAGUCAAGCAGCCGCUUCUAUGUGGUGAUGUGGAAGCAAGUCACCCAGACCUACUGGGAAGACAAGCCCAGCCGGGCAUACGGCUACUCUGGGGUGUCCCUCAAGGUGGUGAAUUCCACGACAGGCACAGGCGAGCACCUGAGGAAUGCACUGUGGCACACAGGGAACACGGAAGGGCAGGUGCGCACAUUAUGGCACGACCCCAAAAACAUCGGCUGGAAAGACUACACUGCCUACAGGUGGCAUCUGAUCCACAGGCCGAAGACGGGCUACAUAAGAGUCUUAGUGCAUGAAGGAAAACAGGUUAUGGCUGACUCAGGACCAAUCUAUGACCACACCUACGCUGGCGGGCGGCUAGGUCUGUUUGUCUUCUCUCAAGAAAUGGUCUACUUCUCAGACCUCAAGUAUGAAUGCAGAGAUGAAGCAAGUAUUCCUCAAAGAUCAUACAAUGAAAAUCACACAUGA